AUGUCGUACCCAUCACCCUCAGCCUCCAACCCGUCACUCGCUACAUCGGCCUAUAUGGUCUCCUCUGUAGACAGCAUCUCCGACGAUGAAGUCGCCUCUCUUCCCUCAGAAUCUACCUCUGCCUCGGACCUAGAUACCUUCUCAGACGACUACUCUGACGCCGAGGAGGAAUGGCGAGAAAGCAUUGAGCAGUUGGAGCUCCUCCUGACUAUGGUCGUCGUGCCCUUCAUGGGGAAGUACCUGGGGAGGAAGUGUGCCUAUUGGAGUUGGACCAGGUUCAUGGAGUGGAAAUACCCUGUUGAAGUUGUCGUCAAAAACCAGGCGGCAUUCAAGGGAGCAGGCGCCGUUGCAGCCCUUGCUUCGCUAUGA